CCCUUUAUAUAAAUCGCUCGAUCGCCGCCCCCUCUCAAUCUGCAAUCUAGGGUUUCAGCUACUUACUUCAUUCUCGCCGCACAAAUCGAAAUCAACUGAAAAUGGAGCAGACCUUCAUCAUGAUCAAGCCCGAUGGCGUCCAGAGAGGCCUGGUUGGUGAGAUCAUUAGCCGAUUUGAGAAGAAGGGUUUCUACUUGAAAGCAAUGAAGCUUAUUACUGUGGAGAGAGCUUUUGCUGAGAAGCACUAUGAGGACCUUUCCUCAAAGCCCUUCUUUGCUGGGCUUGUUGAAUACAUCAUCUCCGGCCCAGUGGUUGCUAUGGUUUGGGAGGGAAAGAAUGUUGUUUUGACUGGUCGCAAGAUUAUUGGUGCCACUAAUCCGGCAGAGUCUGCUCCUGGAACCAUCCGUGGUGAUUACGCCAUUAUGGUUGGCAGGAAUAUCAUCCAUGGAAGUGAUGCAGUCGAGAGUGCGAGGAAGGAGAUUGCACUGUGGUUCCCUGAGGGCGUCUCAGAGUGGCAGAGCAGCGCUCACUCCUGGAUCUAUGAGUAAAGCUGCAGUCUUCAGUGCUGCUUAGUUUGAUAUUUAUGGGCUUUAGCAUUUUCAUUAGUCAAGCACUAUAAUUUAUGAGUCUUAAGUUUUGUACGAGUAUUAGAUAUUUGUCUGUGAGACUUGCUGCUGGAGAAGUCUUUAUGUUUGGUUUUGGGGGCUGGCCUACAACAGUAUCUCCCCAGUUAUGUGGUGAUUAAUUAUGUGACUUUGAUGUUUUAUCUCUUUUCUGUUGCUUGCUGUUUCUCAGAUGUGUGGAUUUACCUUUAAUCA